AUGAAGAGAACCAUCGCGUCGUCGUCGUCGUCGUCGUCUGUCGACGAGGAAAUGGCGGACGAUGACGACUACGAGGACGACGAUGGCGACGACGACGACGAUGGGCCCCUCCUUCUUGCCCGGUCGGAACUUUUUGCGUGGGUGGAAGAGUCGUUCACCAACUUCGACAAGGGCAUCAAUUGGCGGAGUUACGUCGUCUGCGACGUGGCGUACAACAACGUGAACAAUUGGCUAUGGACGCCGUUCAUCGAGAGGGGACCGGCGAACCGCAUGUACAUAGAAAUCCAAUUCACCACUCGCGACUGCUCCCUGUUCCCCGGGAACGCGCUCAGUUGCAAGGAAACUUUCAGUCUACUUUACUACGAGUUCGACGUGGCUACCAAGGAGCCGCCGCCAUGGGAGACGGAUAGUUACAAGUUGAUCGGGCGCAUCGCCGCGGGCGAGGGAAGGUUCAACACUAAUACCGGGGUGGUGAUAAACACGGAGGUGAAGUCGAUCCCGGUGACGAAGAAGGGCGUGUACUUCGCGUUCCGCGAUCAAGGUGCUUGCAUCUCCAUCCUGGCCAUCAAAGUUUACUACAUCAGCUGUCCGGAGAUUUCCGUGAACUUCGCGCACUUCCCGGCGACGCCGACGGGUCGCGAAGUGGCGCUCAUCGAGCAAACGAUCGGCACUUGCGUGGAUAACGCGGUGGUGAUCGAGCAGCCCACCUUCCUCUGCAAGGGAGACGGCAAGUGGUACCUGCCCAACGGUGGAUGCCACUGCAAACCUGGCUAUCAGGCCGACGUUGAGAAACAGGCGUGCACCGAGUGCGCGAUCGGCAAAUUCAAACACGAGGCUGGAUCUCACAGUUGCGAAGUUUGUCCGGCUCAUAGCAAGUCGUCCGAUUAUGGGUUCACGGAAUGUCGGUGCAACGCCGGUUAUUACAGGGCCGAGAAGGACCCGAAGAAAAUGCCUUGCACACAGCCACCGUCGGCACCGCAGAAUUUGACGGUGAACUUCGUCGAUCAAUCAACUGUGAUUCUGUCCUGGAAUGCGCCACACAUGCUGGGUGGCAGGGCUGAUACGACUUACAGGGUGGUCUGCGAUGCUUGUAGCAUGGGCGUCAAAUACAUUCCCAACACCCAGGAAGUUUUCAACGACACGAAGAUCACGAUAACGGGCCUUAACGCGGUGACCACGUAUCGAUUCCAAGUGUUUGCCGAGAACGGUGUAUCGGCGUUGGCUGGAAAGUCCGAAUACGUGGACAUCACCGUCACCACAGAAGCUAGCGUGCCUAGUUUGGUGAGCAACGUCAGGAUUACCAGCGUGAAGAGCUCGGAACUGAGCAUCAGUUGGGACGCUCCGAUAACCGAAGUUGGCGGAGACAGCGAUCUGGUUGAAAGAUACGAAGUGAGAUGUUACCCACGUUACGACGACGCUACCAAUGCCACAGUUAUUCAAACGUCCGAGUUGUCCGCGACAUUCAAGGGUCUGAAGCCAUCGACGGACUACGCGAUACAAGUACGAGCGAAAACCACGCGAGGUUGGGGCGAGUACACGCCUGUAGUUUAUAAAAAGACGCCUCAUGCCAUGGGACUAGAUUACGUCGGUGAGGAUGACAACAUGCAAGUGAGGAUCAUAGCAGGAGCUAUCGUAGCUGUGGUAGUUCUCCUGGUGAUCAUUAUCAUCAUGACCGUAUUGAUUUUAAGAAGUGACCACGCCGCUGUUCACACCUGCAGUGGGAGUUGCCGCCGCGAGUGCAGGAGGUGCUGGUGGCGGUGGCGCGAGGAGUUACGUUGAUCCUCACACUUACGAGGAUCCGAAUCAAGCCGUGCGAGAAUUCGCUCGUGAAAUCGACGCUGGAUACAUUACGAUAGAAGCUAUCAUAGCGUGAGGCCACCUGCACACAAUCCGUACUAUGUCACAAGCCACGCGGCUGCCGCACAGGCCGCGGCAGCGGCCGCUGCAAUUCCAGCCGCGACAACGGGUCCGUUCGUAGACGUAGUCGGCCAUCAGGCCCAUCAAGCCCAGUCGACGAUUGCCGUUCCAGUAAUGCCACCAGGAGCCGGCCGUAGCUUACACUACCACACACACGCAGCGACACACGCAUUGCCACAACAGCCACCGCUUACCUAUCCCAACUGGGUCCCAUUCACACACUUCGGGGCACCAAUCCACUGGCGCCGGACGCGGUGGACUUGACGCAGCUGACCUCGGUCAGCGAGUGGCUGGCUUCCAUCAAGAUGUCACGGUACGCGGAGAGCUUCGAGAGGUCCGGAGUGACUACCUUGGAGGCGGCCGCGCGUGUCACCGUUCAAGAGCUGACGGCCCUCGGCGUCACGUUGGUCGGACACCAGAAGAAGAUAAUGAACAGCGUGACGGCGCUCAGAGCGCAGAUGUCCGCCACCUCGCAAGGCUUUCUCGUUUAAACCGCGUUGACGUUCGCGACCGACGCAGCGACAUUCGAUAGAGAAUCAAUCCCCCCCCCCCC